UACAUAUCUGAGAGCAGCUGGCGGCUCUGCGCUCCCACUCCAGCUCGACUGCCUGUCCCAGUACAGACCUGCCUCCUCCUCCUCGUCCUCCUCCUUCAGCCCCGGCCCCCUUAGUGCUGCCGCACCUCCUCCUCCUUCGCUGCACCGCAUCUCCGGCUCAGUCCCCGGCUCCAGCUUCUUCAGUGCGCUGUCCCUGCCCCAGGCCCCCACUCCACCGCCACCAUGGAUGCCAUCAAGAAGAAGAUGCAGAUGCUGAAGCUGGACAAGGAGAAUGCCUUGGACCGGGCUGAGCAGGCGGAGGCCGAUAAGAAGGCGGCGGAGGACCGGAGCAAGCAGCUCGAGGAAGACAUUUCGGCCAAGGAGAAGCUGCUGCGCGUGGCGGAGGAUGAGCGGGACCGGGUGCUGGAGGAGCUGCAUAAGGCGGAGGACAGCCUCCUCACCGCAGAUGAAACCGCCGCCAAGCUGGAGGACGAGCUGGUCUCCCUGCAAAAGAAGCUGAAGGGCACUGAGGAUGAGCUGGACAAGUAUUCUGAGGCCCUUAAAGACGCCCAAGAGAAAUUGGAGCUGGCGGAGAAAAAGGCGACAGAUGCUGAAGCUGAUGUAGCUUCUUUGAACAGACGUAUCCAGCUGGUUGAGGAAGAGUUGGACCGUGCUCAGGAGCGCCUGGCAACUGCCCUGCAGAAAUUGGAGGAGGCUGAAAAGGCAGCAGAUGAGAGUGAGAGAGGAAUGAAGGUCAUUGAAAGCAGAGCCCAAAAGGAUGAGGAGAAAAUGGAAAUUCAGGAGAUCCAGCUUAAAGAGGCUAAGCACAUUGCUGAGGAUGCUGACCGCAAAUAUGAAGAGGUGGCCCGGAAACUGGUCAUCAUUGAGAGUGAUCUGGAGCGUGCAGAAGAGCGUGCUGAGCUCUCAGAAGGCAAAUGUGCCGAGCUUGAAGAAGAAUUGAAAACUGUGACGAACAACCUGAAGUCACUGGAGGCUCAGGCUGAAAAGUACUCACAAAAGGAAGACAAAUAUGAAGAGGAAAUCAAGGUCCUUUCUGACAAACUGAAAGAGGCUGAGACUCGGGCUGAAUUUGCUGAGAGGUCAGUAACCAAAUUGGAAAAGAGCAUUGAUGACUUAGAAGAGAAAGUGGCACAUGCCAAAGAAGAAAACCUUAGUAUGCAUCAGAUGCUGGAUCAGACUUUACUGGAGUUAAACAACAUGUGAAAACUUCCUUAGCGGCGACCACAUUCUUACCUUUUUUUUUUUUUUUAUCAACACCUGCUUGCCAUGAAACCCCUUUCAUUUGUUCAUUUUUGGUUUUUUUGUUUUUGUUUUUUAAUUUUGUUUUACCACUGUCACGGGAACAUCUGCAAAAUACCGGCCAGGCAUUAGGGGAAUACUAGACAAGGGCAAGCUAUAUACAAGUCAGGGUGAUGAUGGUUUAAAUGUGCCAUUUCCCAGGAUAAUGUUGCCUACACUUUGUAGAGAGUUUAGCAACACAGUAUGUGCAGUCCAGGAAUCCUCACUAAAGCAGAAAGAUUUCCACUUCAAGUGCCAACUCUAGAUUUAACAAGAUUGACAUUGGAAACACAAUCAGGUGUGGACUGGUGCUACUUUGAGCAAAAGGUACUUCUGUGGUCUUUUGUUUGAUAUUAGACAAUUUCCAAUUCUGCCCAGCACAGUAAUUUAUUUUGUCGGAGUUUUAUUGAGAUGAGAAUUUGGACUUUCUAUGCCUGAAUUCGAUUAAAAACAUCAACAAAAGAUUUGUAAGCCACACUGCUAUUUUUAAAACUUGUCUUUUUCUAACUUGUACACUUGCAGCUCAUUACAAAUUGUAGGGCAGCAUUUCAAAAUGAAUUUCUACUCUUUUUUUUUCCAGUUUUUCAUGUUAAAAUGAAAGAUUAAUUUAGGCACUACAUAAAAUUGGUAGAGAAAAAUGUUUCUUAUUUGUGUUGGGGGGAUUAAAAAUCGGUAUUUGCUUCACUUUAUUUUACACACUCUUGAGCAGUUUUUAAAAGUUAUAACUAUGUAAACAUUGUAUAAUGAUAUGGAAUAAAAAUGCACAUUUUAGGACAUUUUCUAAA